AUGGAGGAAUCAGAAGAAAACAUAACUUUAAAAUCGAUAAGCGGAGAAGCAUUGUACGAGCAUAUAGAAAACACUGAUGAAAGUGCACGGGUAUCGAGUAAAUGUAUAUACGCAAGAUGGCUGAAACCUGACACUGUCGAUGAAAUGAAGUUUGUAUCCAAAGAUGUUUUAUUGAUACGAGCCGGAAAGACGUUAAUAUUUUAUGAUGUUGGUACGCAAAAAGAAGAUAUCUUAAUAGUUGGCAGUAAAUCGUCCCCUAAUGGUGAUGGUGAAUAUGAUUUACCUUUAGAAAGCAUUGGAUGUGUUGAUUGCUGUGAUAUAGAUUUAUUGGCCUUGGCUGAACAGCCACCAAUACCCAAGGUGGUCAUAUGUUUAUACCCUGAACUAAAAGUGUUAGCAACUCUUAAUGAUAACAGCUGUUCUGCAGCUUAUAAGUCCAUACUAUUUCUAAGGUUGGAAUAUUUAAUCGGCUUGCGAGAUUACCCGGCAUUCGAUUUGAUAGUGUGGGCAUGGAGGAUUGGAGAAAAACUUUUGGCCAUUGACACCGGAUUCAUUCAGCCGAAUCAGUAUCUAAAGUAA